AGAAGUUAUAAAAAAUAAAACAACUUCUUAAAGGUUUAAAAACUUAGUCCAUUAGUCCAACCCUAUCACCCAAUUACAACCUCACUUUAAUUUUUAAGAUAACUGUAGACAGAUGGUUUUGUGAUUAGUUUAGUAUUAAGUUGGCAAAGCUAUUAACUAAUUAUAAGUCACCAAAUUAUUGUUAUAUGAACACUAACAGUAAUAAACAUCGGUUGUUAUUUUUACAUCACAGUAGGCAAGUUGCUUCACCGUUAUAUUUUGUAACCCAUUAGAAGAUAAGACACUUGCAAAUUAUUAAUCAUAACAGUGGUUAACUGGGGCUGUGAAACGUCUUUUGAAUGAAAUGUUUAUCAUUUUAAUGUCUUUGUGGUUAAUUUGCACGAUCGUGAACUCAGAAUACAGGGUGACUUCAACUUCUCUUUCGGAGGAAAUUCCGGCGAAGUUAUCCAGCUUAGUUUGCUGUAAUUACACCUUCAAAAACUUUGUGGUUGAAAUGGCCCUCGACGGGAAGACAGCGCUCGUGACUGGGUUCGCUGGAGCCAUUGGAUCAACCAUCGCCAAGACCCUAGCGAAUGCCGGAUGUGACGUUAUUGGUAUAGAUAGAGUGAAACAGAAAAUUGCUCAAAAGUCCAUUGAUGAAAUCAAAGCUGGAAAUAGACAAGAUAUCAGUUACUUUGAAUGUGACCUUUUAAAGAAAGAAGAUGUCAAAAACGUUUCUCUGGAAAUAAAGCCUACAUGUAAAGUUGACAUUAUAGUUAACGUAGCUGGCCAAUUAACGGUUGACAAAGUAGAAGAUAUGACAGCCGAGGACUGGGAUGAGGAUAUUGGAAUCAAUUUGACUGCUCCGUUUCUAGUUAUCAAGCAGUUUCUCGGUUCUAUGAAAGAGAAAGGUUGGGGCAGAAUAAUAAAUAUUUCAUCCACCUGUGGACUUGUGGCCCGGCCCUCAAUGUCAAGCUACGUUGCCUCAAAAACAGGAUUGGUUGGCCUCACGAGAGCAGUGGCUCUCGAGUCAGCAGAAUUCGGUGUAACAUGUAACGCCAUUUGUCCUUCAACAGUUGAUACUCCUCUUGUAACGAAGAUGAUAAAAGAUUUUCAGAAGACUUCUACCAAAAGCUUUGACGAAAUGAAAGAGGAAUAUAUACAAUGUCUGCCUACAAAACGGUUCACAGAGGCUAGCCAGAUAGCUGAUUUGGUUGUAUUCCUUUGCUCCCCUGCUGGAAACAAUAUAACAGGCACAGCGAUACCUGUGGAUGGGGGCUACACAACAUCAUAAAAUCUAAAAAAAAAAAAUGUUUGUCAAAGAUACUUCCAUUAUAAUCCAAACACAUCUUUAUUGUUAUGAUUUACGAAUGUGUCAAAUAAAAACUGUCUGUUCUCUUAA